AUCGGUGACUCAAGUGAACACUGUGCCAGGGCAAUCGGCAUUCACUCACGAUUUUACUACAGAAAAUCUGGGAUAAUCUCAUUGUUUUGUUAAUGAACGUGUUUCGUGGUGUUCAAGUUACCUAUCAAUUCCGUUGUUGUUUUAAUUGGUAUAAGAAAACGCUAGAAAAACUCGUGGAAACUAUUCAGCCAGAUGUCUACACGUAUUUGGCCAUCUUUUAUGAUGGCGGAAAGAUACAUGUGACUGAUUGAGAUACUUUAAAUAUUUAAUAAAAAAAAACAAGCUCGAAAUGGCUAGUAUUGAGAGAAAAUUAAUAACAAGUAAAGAAGUACAAGAGAGAUGUAGUGACUGGGUUGAGUCACAGAAAGAACUUUUAUAUUCUGAGGAUAAUGUUUUAAAAAGAAAACGAGAAAAUGAACAUGACGAAUAUUUUGAUACUGAUUCAGAGUUUGAUUCUGUCUCCGAAUGUGGUACAAAAAGACGUAGACUGGCUAAGCAAAUGAAGGAUGAAGUACUGAAUUUACUUUGCGAAUGGAAGGAUUGCCUUUUUGAUAGUACCUCAAUGGAAGUGUUUACAAAGCAUGUUGCAAAUCAUAUUCCACAAUUAGAAAUUAAGACUACCGAAGAGGACAAGGAGGUCUAUGUCUGUCAAUGGAAAGGUUGUUCUGGAGAAACUGCUAUACCUCAAGAAAUUAGCAGGCAUGUUAAUUAUCAUGCAUUUCAUGCAAAGCUUAAAUGCAUUGGCUCCAAUAUUAGAGGCAGAAUCAAAUUAUCUAAAUGUUAUCGUGACGCUGCAUGGAAAAAUGUGAUUGACACGCCAUCAGCACAUAUUUGCGAAUGGGAAAAUUGUCUUAAAACCUACAACAACUAUCAAAUAUUUUUAUAUCAUGUGACAGCUCAUAUUGAAGCAAAUCCAAGAGGCAAUAAGGUAGAAGGAGGUGUAAAAUGUAAAUGGUUAGGUUGUCAGAAAAGCUAUCCUAAUUUGUACAAGUUACGAAAUCAUAUGAGAAGUCAUACUAAAGAAAAAUUAGUUGCCUGUCCAGAUUGUGGUGCUACUUUUGCUUCAAAUUCAAAGUUCCAUGAUCAUUGCAGGAGACAAAUACCAAUUGAGGUCCAGGGCUUCCAGUGUUCUCAUUGUAACAAAUUUUAUCCUACUGAGGGUAUAUUACGUAAUCAUAUGAGGCUUCACGUAUUUAAUUAUAAAUGUACUAUGUGUGACAUGAGUUGCGAAUCUCCAGCUAGUCUGGCAAAACAUAUUCGGUACAGACAUGUAUCGACAAGGUCCUUUCCGUGUCAAUUAUGCUCACAUGCAGCCAAAUCUCAACAAGAUCUUGACUCUCAUAUGACUGUCCAUACUAAUGGACCACUUUUUGCAUGCACUGUUGAGGGAUGUCUUUAUACAUGCAAGGGAGCAUAUAUAUUAGAUAGACAUAUGCAACGCGUACAUGAUCAAGAAAUCCGAUGGUAUUGCUGCCAUGAAUGUCCGAUUAAAUAUCGAAAAAGUUACAGACUUACUAAGCACUUGAUAGAGGCACAUCAUUUACAAUGGCCAAAUGGUCAUAAAAGAUUUCAGUAUACACAGGACGAGGAUGGAUGCUACAGAUUGCAAAUGGUCAGAUACGAAAGUAUCGAUGAGGAAAACAUUUCUCCUACACAGGAAUUGGCAUUACCGGAGAAGAAGUAUGAUAUUCGACUUGAUGACACUACACCAUACAUGAAAUUAGAGAUUACAGAAAGAGAUGAUGGUACAUCGAGUAGUGGAAAUGGUACACUGCAAUUCCAGUCACAAGACAACAUAGGGAAAUCUAUGCCAAUCAUCUCCAAUAUCCUAAUAUCAAUUGACGAAGUGGAUGCAGAAGGGAAUAUAAUAAAGAGUAAAGUUGUGGAGACUCAGGAGACGAAAGAAUUACCACCAUCGGAAGAGCCACCGAUUAUUUUAACAUGAAUAUAAACCUAACCGGUUAUGUUAACAGCAUCUAAUAUAUUUUUUUUACGUCA